UUUUUCGUUUUUUAAACUGUUAAAAAUUUUGUUGUAACUUAUGAAUCAACAAAACCUUUAAAAAUUCAAGUUAAAUAUGUAACUUCAAUUGUUAGUUACCGCGUAUCGAAAUCUUAGAUUGAUUUCGAUAAUUUUCUGUAUUUGAAAUAGUGGAACAUGUACAAAUUCUAAUGCAAAUUACACAUUAUCUCACCCGGCUAAUUAGGUACUUCAUACUUGACAACCUCUCCAUGACAACAUUGUAUUGAUGUUUUUCUUGUGCCACUUUAAUAUCAACCUAUCGGAUAUUAAAGCUUUAUUAUACCUGGCUUAAUGUUUAAUUUCCUUAGUGGUCGGAAGUGUGCUUUAUUGGCUGAGCGUUCGUAGAAUGUUGUUGGUAUCUGGAUCGUGAGGUAAUAGACGCAAUGAACGACCCGUGGGACGUGAAAUCGGUGAGGCAAUCAAACCAGUACUUGUCCUGCAUGAAGAUAAAUGGGGUACCACUUCUGCCGCCAGUCUUGUCAAAAGAAUGUCGUAAAGAGAUGCAGUACUAUAGACUUCUUGCCAAAGAAGUUGAAAAACGCAUACAAACCCUCAAACCAUUAAUUUCGGAGAGUGACACUGAGUCAAGUGAAGAUAAGACUGAUGCUCCCGACCUCCCAGAAUCGGAACAUAGUUACGAAAUAUCCCAAAAUGAUGUUCAAGAUGGUUUCAAUGUUCAUGUUGAUAAAACAAAAACAGUGACCACAGAGAAAUGUCUUGAUGAUUGUGAAAUAAGCAGAGUUCAACCAACAAGCAACACUUUUGAUAACAUUACAUCAAAUUUAUCUACAGAUACUGAUAGUUCAUCAUCAAAAUUAUCAUCCAAGUUAAUGAUAGACCUUAGUUUGAGUAUUAAUGAAACUGGUAAAAAUUUACUUGAUAGUCCAAACAGCAGCAAUGCACUCCCUAAUGAUCUGCCUGAGCGUGAUUGUGAUUGUUCCAAAGUAGAUCCGAAAGUGUUGAUCUGUUCUGAGAAUAAUAAUAGAUUUGAUGACACUAUAAAAGAUGAAAAGGUUAACUUUAGUUUCACCAUCACUAAAAAUACUUUUGUUGAUCCAAAAACUCAUUUCAACCAUGAUGGCCCUUCUUCCAUUAGUUCUAAAAGCUUUACUGGCUCCCUUAAUGAUAUUCACAUGGAAAGCUUAAAAGAAACUCAGGCUGCACCUUUAGUUAGACAGAGGUCAUAUACAGUUUUGAAGCCGAGCCCCAUGCUCCUUGCACAUUUAGAAGUGCAGUCAAUGAAUACAGGAAUAGAAGUUACAUCAAUAUCUAUGAGUGAAUCUCUUUCAAAUAUAAGUACUGCUAAUAAAAAACGAAGAAGUUGGGACCUAGAAUCUGCUAAAGAAAAGUGGUCAUCAAUGGCUCUAGAAUUAAAGAAAAAAAAUAUAACAAACCAUGCCAAAAGUUUAAAUUACGCUGCCAAAAAUCAAAUUUCUUCAAAUCCUGUACGAAAAAUACAAUCUUCACCGCCUAGAGCGAAAUCUGUAACACAAGAUAGACAGAGGCGUAACCCAGUCAAAACUGUAAAUAAAUCUGAUCCUAUCCAGAAGACAAAAAAUGCGGCGAGCCCAAUGCGGAACUCGCAUAAUACUCAAAAUACUGUCAAAGCACCUCCACAAAUAGUCGGUAACAAAAACGAAACUGAAUGUAAAAAACAAAAGCUAAUCUCUGAAUCAGAAGAUCCAGCAACACGUGUUAGAGAACUGUAUGAUAAAAUCCAGAAACAGCAACUUAUUCAAAUGGCAAAUUUAGUAGAAAAGCAGAAAAAAGAGCAAAUGUUAUUACAACACGUUUUUGAGGAGCAGAACAAUAUGCUUUUUACCCAAUUGAAAACAAUCUGCCCUAAAUCACCUAAUGAAGUGAAAGAAGCUUGGGCAGAUAAAAAUAAUGGAAUUUCUGAUAGAGGACCUGUUAGUUUAAGCCAGGUAAUUAACCAUAAGCCACAACAGCCCUGCGAUAGCCCAGUGCAUUCGACUUUAACCGAGACAAAUAACUAUCUUAACUACUGCGAUAAUGUACUGAAAAAAUCCAGGAACAUAACUGGCAGCAAUAAGAAGCAUACUACCAAAAACAACUAUGAUCAUGAAAAAAAUAAUAGUCCAAAUCAUCCAUCUGACGGUAGCAGAACGCGAACUCAUUCUCCUGCCCGUAGGAAUACGCUUACUUCUAGAAAACUUACGUAUGAGAAUAGCGCGUCUUCCGAUCGAGAAUGCGAACCAAUUUUAACCGAUCGAACGAACGAUACCAUGGCCGACUUGAAUGUAACGUUUCCUUCGGAUAAAAGUGAAGAAUGCCAACCUUUUAUUUAUAAUUCUUGUCAUAAUAACAUGCGUGAUACCAUAAUGGAGAGUCCUUUGAGCGCGCCAGUGGCUGCAGCAUCGUUUAAGUCCACGGAUAGGGCCAUCAGAAGCAUGGAGGAAACGAUCCAGAAUUCAAUCAAUAGCAUGUGUGUAAGAAAUGCCAAGAAAUGUGUUAUUCGACCAACCACAGCCCAUGAGCAAGCUGCAGCAUCUAAAAUCGUGGCAUACGCGAAGGGAUACCUCGUACGUCGUCUAAUGAAUACAGAACGCGUGCAGGCAACGGUUCAGACCAUCAAGGACGCGUUGAUGUGCGCUCUGCAGUUGCAUCAGGAUCGCGAAGGCAUCCGGGGAGCUGAUGUUGACCUUCAUCGGAGGCUGAUACAGCAGAUAACAGCAGCGUGUUAUUCGCUACACGAUACGUUUGUGGCCAGCUCAGCGGCUGAGCGUUGUGCGUUAAUUGCCGCGGACCGCAGCCGCAAACGCUUGCUCGCAGCGCGGCUUUCGCCUGCACCCAUCACACCGAACAGGCUUUAUCGACCCACGGAUCUCAUGUCGCAAAGCCACACGGGCGCGUUUCCGACGCGCGUCAAGCGACACGCGCCCUCGCUAAUGACUCAGUCUAAUUAUGAGACAUUUAGUGGCGACAAGACCGUCCGUCGCUACAUGCCAAGCCCGCGGCGUCGCCCGUGGCGCUGACCUUACACCGGUGCCUUGUACCGCAGCAAAUCUGAACGAUAGCUCACAGAGAUUUAUUCUAGCGCCUUCUAGAACACGCUUGCAUAUUGAUAUAGAAAAAGUAACAGAGUUCGGAAAAUAUACUGGCUCUAUUGGAAAUAAAACCCUAUAACCAUAGCCUAGAAUAGAAAAUUGUGUGAACAUCAACACAGUCGGUGUUUGUGUGAAAUUUUCUUGUAUCAACAUCACUAGUCUUCUGUCCGCUGCUGGACUAAGGCCUCAUUAGCAUGCCAUCUUCUUGUAAUGCUGGUGAGCGGCAUCCAAUUCCACCCUGCGGCCUUUAUUAUAUCGUCACGCAUACGAGCUGAUGGUCGCUGGAGUCCCUCGGCUCCACACCCCAUUCAUCCCACGAAAUACCUGACCCGUCAGUACCAUUUCUCUAAUAUCUUAAGUGACACUAACUAAACACUACGUGAAUUAUGACUUAUGACGUCUAUUCAUACAAAGCCAUACGGUCGCAUUUACGACGCGCGUCAAGCGACAGGCGCCCUGGCUAAUGACUCAGUCCAAUUAUGGUAACAUGAGAAACAUACUACACAACUACAUGAAACAAUGUAUAACAUUAUUUCAUAUAGGUGAAUGUUGCCAGCCUUCACUUUAAAUUCCCCACAAUUGUUGAAAUUUUGCUAACACUGUUUCAUAUACGGUGAAUGUCAGCUUGGUAUUUUGCAAUUAUAUUAUAGUUUAAAUUAUGAUUACACUAUUGCAGAUGACAAUUAUUAUUUCACAUACUGCCAAGACUAAUGUGAUAGAGAAUCAAGAAACAUUUUUUAUAACUACCUGUGCUAUUAUUCUAGAUUUUUAAUUUGUAUAUACUAGUUUAAACCGUUAUAUACGUAUACGUUAAACAAAAUAAGUUAUAGCUUACGUUAAAAUAUAUAAUUUGAGAAUAUCCCUGUGGCAUCCCAAAAGUUUAUUGUGUGACAAACUUGGUCUUUAUUCUGGCCAGAGUGCUUUAUAUAUUUUAAAUAAUAUUUUCCCUAAGGUUUGGUAAAUACCACGUUAGUCUAGUGGUUAGAUUGUUUAACUGCGGAUCACGAGGUCCUGUCUUCGAAUCCCGGGUGGGGUAAAAAGUUGUAAGGUUAUUUUUUUUCUGUUAAAGAAUUUUCAGUACCAUCUUGUAGUUAGCCGUCGGUCCCGAUUAUGAUCACUUGCUUGUGAUAAUAGUCGUUACAGGCCACAAACCCGUGUUAGAGCUGUAUGGUGGGUCCAUGCUCUAAAACAGUUUAUCCUAUGAGAAACGAGGUCUGUGCCCAGCAGUGGGACGUCUAUAGGCUGCGGGUAAUGAUGGAAUAGAUCCGAUAGUGCAUCUUAAAGAUUGAUGUGGGCCCAGCUGUUUUGGGCUCGAGAAAUAGUGGACUACAGAUGGGGACAACGAAUCGGAAUCAUAUAUAUGUAUGUCUGUUUUAGCAUGGAGCGGGUGACAGGUCAAUCGAAUGUAACUUGUUACAAUAAUAACUAACAAUAAUUUAUCACCCGAAAUAACAGAUAAAAUCAAUAACUAAAAGUGUACCCUAAUGAUAAACGACUAAGACACCAGGAUGUAUCUAUGCAUCGUUCGAGUCCAUGUAGGACUGAAUUGUAUAGAAAAUGCAUCCGUAUUUAUAUUAAAAUACCCACAUACUCAAUGUCAUGAACAUAAGUUUAAUUAUUUAUCCACUUUAUAAAAUUACCGUAACACUGAGUAUCUUUGUUCGAUUGUAAUUCGAUGAUAAAUCGUUGUCCAAUACCCUAGUCACGUCAGACCGUCGUCGCAUUAUGCUGCAACAACAAAAACCAAGGCCAAGUGCGAGUCGGACUCGCACACGUAGGGUUCCGUACCAUUAUCCGUGGUGACCGUCGAUCAUACAGACUGACGGACGGACAGCGGACUCUUAGAUGUGAUAGGUAAUAGUUUCGUUUUACUAAAACUAUCAAAAUUACUCAUUUAUUGAAAAGUGAUAAGAUAAGAUGUAGGUGUAUAAGAUUUUUUUUUUAAUUAAUUUAACACAGAUUUUCACUUUAGCAUUUAAUCGCGUAAUAUAAUAAAAUAAAGAUUCUUAAGGUGCUUUCGUAAAUUUUCUUUUGUAUAACUUUAUAAAAGAUAAUGAUAUGCUAUAUUAAUAUAAACUAGUACGAGUCAAACAUUCCGUUUAGUUUAUUUAGAGUGGAGUCAGUGAUGAGCCGAUAUGAUAUGCGAAGGCCAUUAUGUCUUUUUAUUACAAUUCAACCUUACAAAAAACUUCAAUAAACUGUCGCUCAAUAAAACGGCCUUAACAUUUAAUACAUUUUUCAGUAUUCAGAUAUAAGUUAAAGAUAAUGGGACGUUUAAUUUUAUAUAGUAACAGUACAAGGUUUGUUAUAAAAUAACAUUGUAAUAGCAGUAAGUUUUUAAUAAAGGUUGUAUAAUCAUGGCUUCCGAAGUUCUGGUGCCCAGUAAUAAUGUAUCUAGAUUUAUUGUCGCUUAUUCUUGUAUUUAGACUGAUUUUCUUUAUUACUUUUUAUAUCAUGAGUGCAUUGGCCAAUGUUGUAUUCAUUCUUCAACUAACGGCAGGUGCACACGGCGCGUAUCGGCGUCGCAAAGUGUGCAUUUGAUAGAUUUUUAUAAUUAAAAUACCCUGGACCUCCAAACCCGUAUACUGUCGGGGGUGAGUCUUUUCCCACAUUUUAAUGAUAGAAUUGAAAGAAUGAGUGUGUGUAUUGGCGUUGGCGGUAAUACGGGCUGUUCGGCCCUGCAACUUAGCCGCAGCGCCGAUUCCAACUCUAUGAACUGAACGCUCUACUCUAUAUAUCUCUUGUAAUACUUGGAUUUUUCUAUCGCACUACUAUGUUGCCAAACCGCUAGAAAAACGCAUCGUGUAUGCCCGCCGUAAGUGUCAUCCCAGGAACGGCCGCUGUUAAUAUUAUCAAUCAAAUCCAAAGUAUUCAAAUGGCGGAAUGAAUUUAGUAGUGAUAUCCGUAUUUUUAUUGAAUCUGCCAUUUAAUUAUUUUGGAUUUGAUUAUUAUUUUCGGGCGUAAGUGAGGUUCGCUUUUCAGCAGAUUCUCAAAAUCGGUUUACUGGUUGAUGUCGCAAACUUGAUUACAACUCUGUCUAGCUGAACGUUUAUAUUUUUGUAACGAAAAACACAUUGUCAUAAUAUUUCUAGUCACUAUUUUUUGUGAGCCUAUUUUUUCGAUGUCACGUAAAAAUAACGCUGGUAAUAUUUUACUGUAAUAUACUUUUAACAAAACUGAUGUCCAUUUUUAGUAUCUUGAUCUAUAUUUUAUUACAUAGGGUAAAUUUGUAAAAGUGGAGCCACUACGCUGUCCCAAAGCCCGUUAGUGGGCUUUCACGAUAAUUUAUCACAUGUUAGUGAUAAUAGCCAGAACGGCUUACCGUGAUCUCAUUAAAUCAUCAGUUACGGUUGUUAUCACUAGCAUUUGAUUUUAUACAUUUAAAGCUGGCAUAGGAAAAGCAUUGUGGGUCCAAUGCUCUUCUCUCUUAGGAAAGAGAGUCCUCCAAUGAUACGAUGAUUAUAGAUAGUAAUAAUAGAAUUUUGCAUUUCAUUUCAUUCGGAACUUUAUAAAUUACCCACUCCAUAUCGAACGCCAGCGCUUUUUUCACGUGGCACAUACAUAAGUAUUGAAGCUCCCAAUAUAUUUUUUAGUUUUAUAACUUCAUUAUUUUUUGUAUCAUUAUAAUGUAAUGUACAUGUAUAUAUUGAUUCCGUAACCAUUAAUACUUCGGGAAUUGAAAUCCACGUUAUUUUGUAUAAGAACAGUUUUUUAUUGAAAUAAAACGAAUCAUUGCU